UAAAACAAAAAAAACAACAUUAAAACUUGAAAAACAAAAUUACUUUGAGAAUGAAGAGCAGAUUCUUUAAGGUUUUGUUAUUGGUUACUCUUCUAGCCGCUAUCUUCCGUCAAAACUAUGCGGUUGGGAGUUAUUGUACUAGAGAUAGUGAUUGCGAGCCAGUAUGCAUACCACCGUAUGCCUGUAACAUGACCCGUCAAGUUUGUAUGUGUCAUCCAAAUAAUUUUAGUUCUUCUAAAAAGUGUAUUCCUGAACAUAAAGGUUGUGCUGGGGGAGGACCUCCACCACAUCAAUUGAAAUUAUAAUAACAAAAAUGGUAUAUAUCCUGAUAGAAAGUUAUUUGAAUAAAAUAUAAUUUAUUUUUAAAAAUUUGAUGAUUAAAUGUGCUGA